AUGAAAAAGUACGGAUAUACUUUUAUUGAAGGGGAAAUCACUGACGCUUUAAUCAUUAUAGAUUACUAUAACUGCCAUUUAGUCUAUGCUGCCUUAGGUAGAAAUAAAUUUGAUCUAUUAAAAACAGCAAAAUCAGAUUUCAAUAAACUAUAUUCAAAAUCAAAUGAAAAAUAUAAUUUAAUACCCCUUAGAAUCGAUAAAGAAAAAAAUGGUUCCAUGGAUAACACAGAUAUUGUAGCUAUAAAGCAGUUGAUUGAUGAUUACAGAAACCUUUUAAAUAGUGUUACAUUUUAUUACAAUACAAACAUUAAAUAUGACAUAAUAUUUGGCACCCCUUUUCAAAGAAAAGUUUGGAAUCAAUUACAUAAACUAACACCUGGUAAAACGAUAAGUUAUGGUCAAUUGGCUAAAUCAACUAUGGGAAAACCAAAUGGACAAAGAGCCAUAGCUAGAGCUUGUGCAUCCAAUAAAUUAGCAUUAAUAAUCCCAUGCCACUUUGUAGUAGACAAAAAUGGUAACUUCAAGGGAUAUAGAUGGGGAGUUGAUAUUAAACGAAAACUAUUAGAUAAAUUAUCAAGUAAGUAA